AUGCCUGAGACCAAAAGAAAUAUUAGCAAGGUCGAAGGCGAGCUGCCAGAGCAUGAUGACAAGAAGCAGAACACGUCCAAGCUCGGCCGGAAGCCCAUAGAUACCGAGCCUAAGAACCGGAGAACGGCUCAGAAUAGAGCUGCCCAGCGUGCCUACCGCGAGCGGAAAGAGCGCAAGAUGAAGGAUUUGGAAGAUAAGGUGGCUUCGCUAGAGGACGACAAAAUGAAGGCGUUGUCUGAGCAAGAUAUCUUGAAGGCUCAGAUUGACUUGUUGAAGCGUGAGCUCAGCAGAGUGACCGGCGGUCAGGGGCCCAUCCCAGUGAUGAGCCAAAAAGCUGCUGCUGCUUAUGCAGCCACUGCCGUUGCACCAGUCCGCUCUGAUACAAAAUCGUCUGUUGGCUCGGCCGAUGGUUUCACCGGUGCUUCCCUGUGGUCGUGGAACUCAUCUUCAAACUCCGACUUGCUACUGCAGUCGCGAAACUCUAACCAGCUUCCAGAUUUGGUCAGCGCCUCCUCGUCUUCCACAUCUCCACUUAAUGAUACUCUGAGCACCACCCCUAGCUCCAACUCCAUCGAUUAUGGCCAGGGUCUUGAUGCUAUUUCAAGUAAUUUGAACUUAAUGCCAACCUUCGAUGAGCAAGUAAAUCCUUUUUGCGCAAAGCUUAGCGAGGCAUGUGGCACAGCUAAGAAGCCAGAGCCAAAGGUGAGAAGAUGGGGUAAUCCCGUUCCGCCAUACGUCGACUCCACGGAUGCUGUCUUUCCUCUGCCAGUGUACGAGUCGCCUUUCCAGUCUCUCUUCUCGCCAAAUGAGAACAUAAGCGAUCCAUUCUUCUCAGAAGGCAACCCCACCGCUAACCUCACCCUACCAACCGUAGAUGGGCACGCCCAGAACGAUCCUUUGGCAUUCCUUAAUGAUGCCGGGUUCGAUGUUUCCUUAGCAUUUGGAAACUCCUUCAACGACGUCGUCGAGAAAGGCGCUGCCGAGGUUACUGAUGAUAAACUUUCCUCCUUGGUUACCGAGGACUCUCUUUUCGAUUCUCUUUCCAAGCCCGGUAAUACUGACUUCAAUUUUAAUGAGUUCAUUCAUGAGACUCCACAUUCCUCAGUGAGCACAACACGUACCAACUCUGAGGUUGGUGCACGCCAUCCAGCUUCCUCAUUGUCUAGUUUCAACAAUAGCCCGACAAUUUUGGAAGGUAAGGAGGAGGAGGUUGUGCCUGCGGGCGAUAAGACUAUGAAGUGCUCUGAAAUUUGGGACCGCAUCACAGCACAUCCUCGUUACACUGAGAUUGACAUUGAUGGAUUAUGUAAGGAGCUUCAGACUAAGGCCAAGUGCUCUGAGAAGGGAGUGGUGAUCAAUGUUAAUGAAGUCAACCAUCUUAUAGAACGUUCUGCUUUGAAGAAGUAG